AUGUCGGGAUUUUCCCCUCCUUUCGUGGGAUCCAUCGACGAUGGAACACAGAGCUGCAGAUGCAUCAUCUUCGACCAGAAGGGGAAAGUUGUCACCAAGGCGCAGAAGCAGAAGCAACAAAUCUUUCCUCAGCCCGGAUGGUGCGAGCAGGAUCCCCGUGACAUCAUUGACAACGUGAGAUUCUGCAUUGAGGAAGCUGUGAAAGACUUGCAGCGGUUGGGCCACAGCGUGGAAGAGGUGAAGGGAGUGGGAAUUACAAACCAGCGAGAGACGACGGUGAUCUGGGACAGGAAGACUGGCAAGCCACUACACAAUGCCAUUGUUUGGUUGGACACCAGGAACUCUAAGACCUGUGAAGAUCUUGCCAACGCACACGGAGGUAGAGACGCGUUUCGAAGGAAGUGUGGUCUGCCUAUCAGCACUUAUUUCUCAGGCGUAAAGCUGAAAUGGCUUUUUGAUACCUUUCCUGAGAUCUUGGCAAAGGCAGAGAGAGGAGAAGUGAUGUUCGGAACGGUUGACUCUUGGUUGAUCUACAAUCUCACGGGCAAACAUGUUACUGAUGUUACCAACGCAUGCCGUACUAUGCUCAUGAACCUUGAAGCUCUCAAAUGGGACGAAGAGGUCUGCUCGAAGUUCGGAGUGCCAAUGUCCAUCCUUCCUGAGAUCAAGAGUUCUGCCGAGAUUUACGGCGACAUUCUCGAUGGUCCAUUGAAGGGGAUUCCUGUUGCUGCCUGUUUGGGCGAUCAGCAGUCCGCAUGCGUUGGGCAUUGCGCUUUCAAUCCUGGCGAUUCUAAGAACACGUACGGCACAGGGUGCUUCCUGCUGAUGAACACGGGAGAGAAACCUUCAUUUUCCAAUAACGGCCUCCUGUCCACGGUCUGCUAUCAGUUGGGAGCAGACGCACCAGCCAUCUACGCACUUGAAGGCUCCGUCGCUAUUGCUGGAGUUGGCGUGAGCUGGUUGCGAGACAACAUGAAGUUUCUCGAGCACGCGGAAGAGAGCGAGAAGGUCGCCCGGAGCGUCCCCGACACAGGCGGGGUUUACUUCGUCCCAGCAUUCUCAGGCUUGUUUGCUCCAUACUGGAAGGAAGGCGCCCGUGGUGCGAUUCUCGGUCUUACUCAGUUCACCACAUCUGCUCACAUUGUCCGCGCGCUCCUUGAGGCCGUUGCCUUCCAGACCGCAGAUGUGGUUGAUGCCAUCAUGAAGGGAAUUCAGCUGACCCGCAUGAAAGUCGAUGGUGGAAUGACAGCCAACGACGUCCUCAUGGAGUUCCAGGCUGAUGUGCUCGGAGCCACCGUGAUGCGGCCAGCCAUGCGGGAGGUCACUGCUCUGGGUGCUGCGUUGGCAGCUGGACUGGCAGUUGGCGUGUGGAAGAACAUCCAGGAGCUUGAGAAGGUUCAGAGCGACACCUGCGACUACACCUUCUUCCAGUCCAAGGUGGGACUGGGAGCGAUGCUGACGUCAUCAGAGUUUGCUGAGUGGCCAACAGAUGGACACGGAGACGCGGAAGAUGAAGAAGAUGAAAUGGGAGGACGCUGUCAAGAGAACCUUCGAUUGGGUUCAGUGACGCGAUGGGGCCGAGGUGGUGGCUUUUACCAUGUCCUUCAAUCGUUGAUAUGA